AUGGAGUUUGGGGGCACCAUGAAUGACUUGAUGAUCAAAUACGGGGGCAAUGUGCCCAAGAACUACUACCUGCGCAACCAGGUGAGGAUGAAUUAUGAGCACACAGUGACCGUGGCCCGAGGCUCCUUCAUGCAGCUGGAGAACGAAAUCCUGUUCCCGGGCUGUGUGCUCAGGUGGCAAUUCGCAUCAGAAGGGGCAGACAUCGGCUUCGGGGUUUUCCUGAAGACCAAGAUGAGCGAGUGGCAGCGGGCAGGGGAGCUGGUGGAGGUGCUGCCCAUCCAGCGCUACGAAGUCCACGUGGUCCCUGAGGACGGGAGCCUCACCUGCCUCAAGGCCGGCGUCUUUAAGUAUUGGCAGGAAACAGCUCCACUUGGAGCUGGGGGCCGGGGGCUGGAGUCUUGAUGUGCAUCCAGGUUUUACCAGGUAGGGGCCCCUGGCUCCAGUAGACAGAGUGUAUAGCUGGCUUUGGGCUCUCAGGCAUGACAAGGGCUCCCUGGUCUGGGUCCCGGCACAGGGAUUUACACCAUGGAGGGCGAGGUCUUGGGUGGGGCAC